GAUUGCCACCGUGAUGCGCAGUAUAUUUACUCAAAUGUCUUUUGUCGGCCUGCGUAAGCUUGAUCUCGGCUUCUUGUACCUACGAGAAGCUAUAUCUCUUUUGUACAUGUUGCAUAUACAUUCGGAUGAGAUUAUGGAGACUCUUGAUCUUCAAGAACGCUCCCGUCGCCAGCGCGCAUACUGGGAAUGCUUCAUUCACGAGCGCUUUACAGCGCUAACUUACUACCGUCCCACUUGUUUAGAGCCAUUAAGGACACUCCCGGACCAUGAUGCUAGCUUGCCAGCCGUAGUGGAGGCAGGCUUUAAUCAUGUCAUCGCAAAUUUCCGACUGGUUGACCGCCAAUUCCUUGACUUCUGGCUUGGUGAUCGGUCUGGCGUUACAGCAGAAUGGGUUGAGCAGAAGCAGCAGCAGCUUGAAGACAACGGUUGGCAUCGCGAGGUUUCCCUCCUCCCGCUGAUGUUACAAGCCGACCUGAUCAUCACACGUCACUGGCUGCGUACCUUGACCUGGCAAAUCGCUUUGUCCAAUAUCCUACUCUCCUCUUCGGCCAACUCUUUACCGUUAUUAUCUCUAUCUUUUCCAUUUCGUCUGUCCAAACAACUGCGUCAAUUUCUAAUCUCCAUCCCACGCGAUCUUGUCGGAAUCCAUGGGUCAGGUAUCCUACAAAAAUUAUUCGAGAUUGCAAACACAAUCACCGAUGUGGUUUUGCAUUUUUCACACGUACCGGAUAGUGGCACAGCUCAGCGAAUUCAUGACAUCCUCUUUCUUAAAUACUUUGUCUUUUCGUUUGUGGGGUUUGCAAAUUUGGGGCCAGCAGAUUUGACACAAAAGUUUGAAAUGAUUCGGGAGAAGUAUCCGGAGAUGAAAGAGAUGGAACUGCUUGUUUAGCUUUAUCAUAAAUGCAUACUAUUUGGCUUACUCUGAUAGUUGACUUUUUUUUGCAAACAUAUCAAAUGUUCUCAUUAUUCUUCGCUAUGA